CGGAAGUGCCCCUGAUUACUACAAAAACUUCGCUCGAACGACCCAUUGCAGACAUGUCAGUGCCGUGGUUCUGGACCACGCGGUCAGAAGGAACCUGUACCGCUUCCUAGUGUGACUAUAGCCAACUGCCCAUACAGAAGUCCCUCGGGUUGUGAAAGAGAGCAGAACGAGAAAGCUGGGGCAGACCACAGAAAACCAGACAAAACCUCUCCAGAAGAUUAAAUCAGAAGAAAUGUUGCCUGUUCAGCCCUUUUAUUCUGAUACUUGUACAUAAAAUCAAAUGCAAUGUUGACCACUACUAACUAGGGUCGAGCUAUAAUUACUAGAGGUCAAACGGCAUCAUGAAGACAAAGGAGCACAGCCGACAAGUCAAGGAGAAGGUCGUGGAGAAGUUUAAAGCAGGGUUAGGUUGUAAAACAAUAUCUAAAUCCUUGAAGAUCUCUCAUAGCUCUGUUGAAGCCAUCGUCCAAACAUGGAAAGAGUACGGCACGACUGCGAGUCUUCCAGGACGUGGCCGUCCACCUAAACAAAGAAUCCAGUCACAGAGGGUACUGUUCACAGAGGCGUUGAAGAGGCCUGUGGUAAUCCUGGAGAAGCUGCCCAGAUCCACAGCUCAGCAGGGCAGAGCGAUGGACGGGGUCGGCUGGAGCUCCUCCAGGUCACAGGGCUCCUUCAGAGCAGACACCCUGUCCAGGCUGGCCAGCUUCAUUGCACGCACCGAUGCUAAGCAGCACGCUGCAAACCACCCGCCUUCCCGCCUUCCUCUGUACGGCUGUCAGGAAUGUGGAAAAGGCUUCCCUUAUCCCAAAGACGUGCUGCAGCACCAGGAACAGGACGGCGUGCUGCCGAAGCCCCACCGCUGCACGCUGUGUGGCCAGCAGUUCUCCCUCAGGUCGUCCCUGCAGCUGCACCGCUGCAACCUGGAGGCUGACGGCUGCAGCGCACCAUGCACUGCUCUGCUGUCGCACCCCGGCAGGCUGCAGGAGACGCCGCUGCACCGCCAGCCGCACUUGUUGGACAGCAGCCCAUACGCCUGUGCCCCUUGUGGGAGGGGCUUCAGCCAGAAGCAGGCACUGCUGCACCACCAGCAGGCCGGCUGCAGCGAGUCUCCAUCCAACGGCGCCGACGCCCGCAGCCUCCCAGACGACUCUCCACCCGUUUCUGAGGGCGACUCCGCCCACUCGGAUUUCUCGGACACGCCGGGGCCCAGCGGAGGCGCCGUCAAUGCAUGCCGGAUCUGUUCCAGGACUUUCUGCUCUGACACUUCGUUGAGGCGGCAUUUUCUGGACAGCCACGCAGAGGAGACUCCCAGCACCAAAGUGACGAGUGAGGAAGAGGAGGAGAGGACUGCAGCGGUGACCCUGAAAGCCAAGAGGAAGCUCCUGAGCUGCCGCUCGUGCGACAUGGUCUUCAGGAGCACAUCGCAGCUGUACAUGCACCGCAAAGAGAAGCACCGCAGAGAGAAGCUCACCAGGAGGGAGGCCAGGCCCAUCGUCAAGAGGAGCCGGAAGCCCGGCAUGUAUCCGUGUCAAAUCUGCAGCAAAGUCUUCGGUCACCAUCUGACUUUCAGGGCACACUGCAAGCAGCACAAAGCAGCCGACUCUGCCCCGAUCGCCAUCAACGACGACAGCAGCUCCGCAGACUGUGCCGUCCCAGACUCCCAAUUUCUCACUAACGGUCCGGCAGCCGGACUGGGUCCACUCGGGAAGCCGCGCAGCAUCUCGCCCAGUGUGGACGAUUCGGGAGAGGAGUCUGAACGAGAGGACAGCGAGUUCCCCUGUCCCUCCUGUCCAGAGGUUUUCUCCACCCAGCAGCAGCUGAAGGAGCACAUAGAGCUGCACCAGGCGUCAGUGAGACAGCGCCAGUGCAGCGUGUGUGCGUGUGAGAUGGACGGGUCCAAAGGGCCGGCCUCCAGGAAGCAGAGGCUGUACCACUGCGUUCCCUGCCAGCAGGGCUUCUCCGCUUUGGACUCGUUUCUAGAACACUGCCAGGAGCACCUCCGGGUCCGCGUGGAGGUGGAGGAGCAGCGCCUCUCCCUGCAGCCCAGCAAAGCCUGACCGCCAGCUGCAGCUUCCUCAUGCGCCAAACGGACAGCAGCGGCUGGACCCAGAGCGUUGGUUCUGCUCCCUGAGUCGGGUUGUGAUGCGUUCAGGUGCUGAACAUGUCAACUUGGUGUAAGAGACCUGAAAAUGCUAAAAUGUGUGAAAGUAACUAUUCGACUGAUGGAGCUGAUGAUUGAAUGUUAUCCUGUAGCAACAUAUCAGGGUCUAAAGGAAGUCCAUGUAAGCCUUUAACCACAGAUUACCUUUUAGGUGUUCUGAUCUCUGGAUUCUGAUUGGUUUAAAUGACAUCCUUCAGUUUAAACAGAGCUGCUGAUGACUGGACCAAGCAUCGCCACUAAACCGGAUAGGCGCAAAUGUGAAAUGGCAAUCAGAAACGGCAUUACCACAGAGUCAUCAGCUCGUGAACCACAGCAGCUUUUCACUGAGUUUAAAUCUCUACACACUACAGUUGACAUUAGCUAAAUGGAUUUUUGUUCUUUUGUCAAAUGUCCAAUUUGCCUUAAAAAGUGAAUAAAUGCAUUCAUCAGAUCAUCUUUUCCCCCUGAUUGAAUCACAUCAGAAGGAUCCUGCUGGAUCUCUAUGCGUUUGUGGAUUCUAGAAUGACUUCUAUUUUUUUUUCCCAGCACAUUUUUGAAGUACUUUAUUAAAUGCUUUGCAGCAAUGUGUGCUAUUAUGCUGAUGAAGCAUACUUUAUACUUCUGAAGACACAAUAGUACUCAACACAACUUGAUUUGAAUUGUUACGUUUGUUUGAAAAUGUCUCUAAAGUUGGUUUAAAUGCAGCUGCUGAUGCAGAGAAUGGUUGUAAGGUGUGUGCCAAGUAUUUCCUUCCCCCUUCAAAUGUUCUCUUCCCCCCCCCCCAGUAGAACAAACUGGUACAAGAUACUUCAAUUUGAACGAAAAUUCAACCUUGCAUUUCCUGUCUGAGUGGUGUAACAAAUCUCUGGGCUGAUGCUGUGUCCAGCUUCUGUGGAGGUUUUGGUUCAGCUGAACUGUUCCAAGCAUCUUUCAUGGAAAUACUUGUUCUCUGUAGUUCAGAUUCAGUUUGAGACAGUUGGCUUGAAUGUCUCACCUAUGCAAACAUGUGGAUUAAUAGCAGUUGAGAAGCAGCUGGCAUUGUUUUUUUCUUUGUUUAGAUACUGUCUUUAAGGUGCUACUGUGAAAAUAAGUUAUUUUAUAACUUUUUUUUUUUUCAAUAAAUUGGUUCAUACUGCUUUAUAGAUGACAGAAUAAAAUGACUAUACAGCUGAAAUAUUUGUAAUUUUUCUCAUUGUGAGACUGGUAUUAAGGUUUGAUAGUGGAUUAUAUUCUGCCUUAACAUGACUGGUCUCUUGUAUAUGUACCCAAGGAAUUUAUUAACAUCACAUAAAGACCUUGACUUU